CCCAGAGUAGCUCUGAACCCAAUGUCGAGACGUUUCGCGCAUUCUCCACCUGCUCCCUUCCAGCAACGAAGCGCUUUACAAAAGCAGUGGACAUGGUCUCAUGAAGCGGAACGGGAAGAGGCGUGGCACAGGCGGAAGCAUCUUUAUGGCCAGGGACUCCGCCGUACUCAGAGCUUCACCGUCGAUGAUAUAGAGGAGCUCAAAGGCUGUAUAGAUUUAGGUUUCGACUUCGAACCUGAUUCUCCUGAAUUGAACCCUAAACUAUCCGAAACUCUACCGGUUUUGCAGUUCUAUCGCGCCGUUGAUCGCCAAUAUAACGGUGGAAUGUUGAGGUCUUCGUCCGCGUCAUCGAUUGGCUCUUUAAGUGACGCUGGUAGCACUGCCUCCAUAAUUGAUCAAGGUGACGAUCCGGAGAUGGUUAAGACUAGGUUGCGUCAAUGGGCGAAGUUGGUUGCAUGUUCGGUGCGGCAGAUUUCCGGGGGAUCAAAGUGAUUCACUGCGGAGGUUCUCUUCUCUGAGUUAUUUUUUGUAUAGAGGCGAUAACAAUAUUUGAUAUAGUAAUUAGUUUUUCUUUUUAGGUUCUAGAUCUAAACUUCAAUUUUGUAUCCUAAUACAUGAUUUAGGUUUAGGAUUUGGAUUUGUUAUAUAAUACAAAAACUAGAACUUUU